GUUUGUUAAGUGCAGUUGACGAUCUGGAUAUUGACGACCUGGAUAAAAAGAUUAUCAUGUCCAUCCAUCAAUUAUGUCUAUCCUUGCCCUCAGAUCACGUCAUGAACGACACAUCAGAAAAUAACUAUUGCACCCGAUAUUUGGCACCAGCCUUGCAACCUUUAUUCGAUGAUGAUGAGACGAACACCCAAAUACUUUGGCCAACCACUGUCCCUGCAAAUAAGCGAUCCUUUUCUUGGCAAAUCGACGGCCCGACUGUAUCAUUUCAACAUUGAUGGACAAUAAUUUCGAAAUCAACAUUGAUAUGGAGAAGUGAAAUCGGCUGCUGAAUACGACAACCAUUAUCAAACAAAUAUGGACUGUUGCGA